AAAAGGAAUACGCAUUUUGCGAAAAUUUAAUUCACGCUGUAAUUGCACAUCGCAGAGCUAUGAAAUUUUCCGAACUCUGUGUAUCAACAUUUAAUAUAACAUUUUGUAUUCUCGCUCUCCUUGGAGUAUUGUCAUUGAGCAUCAAUAUAUUUAGAUUCCUUAACGCGAUAAGUAUAUCAAAAGACUUGGAAGAUGCAGUAAUAUCAUCUGGUGCUAUUAUAUUCUAUCUACUUUACAUGUUUAUAGCGAAUUAUUUUGGACAAAUAAUUACAGAUUACAAUUAUGAGAUUUUUGAGAGGGUAUAUGAUACACCAUGGUACUUAAUAUCUAUACCUUCGCGAAAAUUAAUUUUGUUUUUAAUGCAAAAAACUGGCAAAGAGUUUAAUUUAAGGAUUGGUUUUAUAAUUGUGGGAAAGGUAGAAAGUUUUGCUAUGCUUCUGAAUAGUGCACUAUCCUAUGUCGCCGUAAUGUUUUCUAUUCACUAAGAAAGAAGGGAGAUACGAUCAAAAACUAUACUUUUAUUUUCUUGUAGA